AUGUCUGGAAACUGCUGUCCUAGGAAAUGCCCCUCCGUACCAGCCAUCUCUCUCUGCUCCACUGAGGUGAACUGCAGAAUGCCUGUCUGCUUGCCCAGUUCCUGCCGGAGCCAGACGUGGCAACUGGUGACUUGUCAAGAUGGCUGUGGAUCAUCCGGCUGUGGCUCCCAGUGCUGUCAGCCCUGCUAUCCCACGAGCAGCUGUGCCCAGCCCGUGUGCUGCGAGGGCACCAUGUGUGAGCCCUCCUGCUCCGUGAGCAGCUGCACCCAGCCCGUGUGCUGCGAGGGCACCAUGUGUGAGCCCUCCUGCUCCGUGAGCAGCUGUGCCCAGCCCGUGUGCUGCGAGGGCACCAUGUGUGAGCCCUCCUGCUCCGUGAGCAGCUGUGCCCAGCCCGUGUGCUGCGAGGGAACCAUGUGUGAGCCCUCCUGCUCCGUGAGCAGCUGUGCCCAGCCCGUGUGCUGCGAGGCUGCUUCCUGCCAAUCGGUCCUCUGUAUGCCCACCCCCUGCCAGCCCAGCUGCUGCCAACCAGUUGUCUGUGAGCCCAGCUGCUGUCCAGCUGUCUGCACAGUGCCCAGUUCCUGCCAACCAGUGGUCUGCGAACCCACUUGCUGUCAGCCAGUGUGCCCCACACCUAGCUGCUGUCCAUCUGUCUGCUCUGUGGGCAAUAGCUGCCAGGCUGUUUGCUGUGACCCCAGUCCUUGUGAGACAUCUUGCUCGGAGCCCAGCCUCUGCCAGCCAGCUCCCUGUGCAGCUCUGGUCUGCGAGCCCGUCUACCUUCGCCCCGUCUGCUGUGUUCCGAGCCCUUGCGGACCACCUUGUGUCUCCAGCACUUGCCAACAGCCCUCUUGUUGUGUCUCCAGCAUCUGCCAACCCAUCUGCUCUGAGCCCAGCCCCUGCUUACCAAGUGUCUGUGUGCCCCGUCCAUGCCAACCUACCUGCUACAUCGUCAAGCGCUAUCAUUCCAUCUACUGCGAGCCUGUUUCCUGCCCAUCUACCUCCUGCCAGCCUCCCUGCUGCCACUCGGGGUCUUCUGCAUCUGUCAGCUGCCAACCAACCUGUUCUCGGACUUUCUACAUACCCAGCUCCUGCAAACAGCCUUGCACGACUUCGGUUCCCUACCGCCCGAUUUACCGCUCAAUCUACUCUGGACCCUUCAGCUACAGGCAGCCAUAUCUGACGUCCAUCUCCUACCGCCCUGCCUGCUACCGCCCUUGUUACUCCAUCCUGCGCCGCCCCGCCUGCCUCACUUCGGUCUCCUACCGCCCGGUGAGCCCCUGCCCGCCGUGCGCCAAUGCCAGCAGACAGGAUUGCAAAAAGUCCACUUCCAGCCAACUGGAUCGUGCUGACUCCACCCCCUGCAAGGUGGAAAUCUCAGACGCCAACCCCUGCCAGCCCACAGAGGAUAAAUCCACCAGCUCAACCACCCGUGAGGCCACAGCCAGCCAGCCUGCUGCCACCAAGCCUGCCAACAGCUGA